AUGCCGAUCAGGGAACCGUGGCAUGGAUACGCUUUGCGGUAUGAGUGCGCCAGCAGCUACUGCAAGAUGGUGCAGACUCAGCGCUCCUCGAGCAACCCGCAUGGUGCGUGCGACAUCAUGAGGGUGAGCGGCCACGCCUGCUACAAGGAAUCUGGUAGCAUCUCUGGAAACCACGAGGCCUCCAAGUGCGCCAUCAAACCGCUGACCGGCCCGCAGUACACCUGCACGAAGACGUCGACCGAGAAGCCGUACAAGGGUACAGUUCUUGGCGCCAGCGCACCUGCCCAGCCGUACACCACCUUCUACGGCCACUACUCUUCAGACCACAUUGACGGCGUCUACGAAUCGGAUACUGGCACCAUCGCUGCUGCUUACGAUGAGGCCGUUACCAUGCUUGACGAGGUCCAAAAGUCGGCGACGUCUUCUGGCAAGUUCUAUCACACUUCGUGCAACGUCGACGAUAGCACCACCUUCACGGACAUCCCGGGCCGCAUGCCUGCCUUGCACCCUCCUGCGUUCCAGCAGCCCGAGGGCCGCUGGACCAGUGGCCAUGGGAUUCACUCUGCGCGCGACAGCUUCUCGGCCUGGGCGCUGAGCUGCGUGGGCGGCCCCUCACUCUACCUUUCAACGUUUAGACGAAUUUCUCCCAGUAUCGGGCUCACCAUAGCAACCACCGAAAGCGAAGAAUUUGUGCACUAUAAUCCUUCCUUCGGUCCGGAGUAUUGCCUUGUAGACGGGAUACGUAGUUGA